AUGGAGAUGGCUACUAAAAAGCACCAGAUGGCAGCAUCCCUCAGCCCUGAGCCAUCUCAAGACGCUCAGAUAACAAACUGGAACAAAUGUAUCAUUUGCCAAACAGACACUGACGAGAAUUUGCAAUGUCCAGCAGAAUCAAGGCGUACUGAUCAAGGAGCCGGGUACAUUACUUUCUCAGAGAACCUAGCCCGUUUUCAUGAACUAGAUAGUAUUCCAGUGACACUAGAUAUUCGACGACUUGAUGAGGGCAAAGGUGUUAGGACUACCCUUGAAGAACGACAUGCAAAGUGGCACAAGUCUUGUCGUAUCAAGUUCAACACAACCAAGCUACAACGAGCUGAGAAAAGAGAAUGCCCAGAUCCUGAAAAACCUCAUCUAAAUGAGAGACUUAUUGCCAAGCUUAGUGCAGGAGAUAUGGUUGCGCAAGAUGUAUUGUACCAUGCUCGUUGCUUGGCUGCACUGUACAAGAAAGCUUCCACUGCUGAACACGCUGAAGACAAGGAGGAGAAGAUGAAACUAAUCCUUGCCAAUUUUCCAGAUCUUAAAGCCUACAAAGAGGGGCGAGAUAUCCUGCUAGCCUUCGACGAAGAUAUAGGCAGUGCUCUCACCAAGGUAUGUGAGAAAGAAUAUGAUGAUGAAGCAAUAACUCUUGCAAAAGCAGCACAAAUUGUCCGUCGGUACAUGCUAGAGAAGAACGCUUCAUUCACAGGUUCAUUUGACAGCGAAUGCCAGACACAGUCUGUGCCACAGACACUGUUGGCUUUAGUAGCCAUGAUCCACGAGGGUCCAAGCAUCAAGUCCCAGUCAGGCUCCUCUGGUAAUGUCUUCAGUCAAGCAACCCUCAGCGUGGCACAGCUGCUUCAGUACAACAGCUCUGUUCGUCGUGGAAGUGAAAGCAGUGGAGUCCGUCACAACAAGGCACGAGAAACACCACUGGCCAUCUAUGUUGGUGCAACAAUCCAUGAGAAAACACGCAAGCGACAACUUGUGGACAAAAUGUUCAAACUUGGGCUGUCCAUUUCAUAUGAUCGUGUUAUGGAAAUAUCCACAGGACAAGGAAACCGUGCCUGUAAACAGUACGAACAAGAGAAAACUGUCUGCCCUCGCAAUCUUCGUCUAGGGUUGAACACCAAAGGAGCCAUUGACAACAUUGACCACAAUCCAAGCUCUACUACAGCCAUGGAUUCCUUUCAUGGAACUGGAAUAUCCUUGUUCCAGCAGGUCACAGAAAGCAAUCCAGGCACAGUUCGCCCUGAUUUCUGCCCACUGGAAGUGUCAACUUCCAAGAAGGUAUCAGAACUGCCAGACUGCUACACUAGUGUACCUCCAGUGAUGUACAAAAGGAAGGAGAGGCUGACUGUUCCCAAGAUUGAAGGUUCACUCACUAGGGAUGGCCAACUGGUGGAACAAGCACUGCUGAAAGAGACUAGAUGGCUGGAGUCUGUGGACGGCACAAACCUGGUAGACGUUUCUGGAGACAGCAAUGUGUCAUGGGCUGCCUAUCAUGCUAGUCAUCAACAAGAACAAGGUAUCACUCCAGAUAUAAGUGUCCUUCUUCCUCUUUUCCAAGAGCAGUCAAAGUCCACUGCAAUGAUGCGCCAUUCAAUGGAUGUGAUCCAGCAGGCUGUAGAGCACGUUAACCCGGGACAAGUUCCAGUCAUUACAGUUGACCAGCCACUCUUUGCCAUCUGCAAAGAAAUACAGUGGACAUGGCCUGAGAAGUAUGGAGAAGCCAAGUUUGUCAUGGUGCUGGGUGGUCUCCACACAGAGAUGGCGACAAUGAAGGUUUUGGGAGAUUGGUUAGAGGAUAGUGGAUGGGUAGAGGCCCUUGUACAGGCAAAGGUUGCCUCUCCAGGCACCGCAGACUCCUUCUUAAAGGCAGCCCACGUUACCCGUACUCGUCAUGUUCACCAGGUGACAGCCUGUUGCCUGCAUAUCCUCAUGAAGAAGGCCUAUCUCCAGUAUGCUGAAAUGAAACCAGACCCUGAUGAUGUGAAGACAUUUGAACAGUGGUGUGAUGAGAGGAGUACUGAGAGUGUCCAGUUCUACUUCUGGUGUACGACCCUGCGGCUUGAGCUCCUUCUGAUGACCUAUGUCAGAUCACUGCGAGAGUCUGACUUUGAUCUCUAUGUUGAGAUCUUGAGCAAGCUGAUUCCAUGGUUCUUUGCCCUAGAUCAUGUGAACUAUGCUCGAUGGGCAUCUGUUCAUGUGCGAGACAUGAUCAGUCUGGAACACAUGCAUCCAGAAGUUGUUGAGGAUUUUCGCAAUGGAGGAUUCACUGUUCGUAAGAGCCAGCGCCCAUUCUCUGCAAUGGCCAUUGAUCAGGCACAUGAGCAGAAUAAUGCAACCCUGAAAGAAGAUGGUGGUGCUGUGGGCCUAACACAAAACCCUGAAGCAUUCAGAAGAUGGUCUGUUGCAGGUCCUGAGAUGGCAAGGAUGAUUGCUGAAUUUGAGUCUUCAGUGGAGGCUAUGGAGAGCAAGCAGAGCAAAGAGAUGAGGCACCUUGAACAGACUGCAAGCAUUCAGAAGACGUUUGUCACACAGGUGUGUUCCCUGGUUGAGGUCAUAACUGACAUGGGGAAUCCAUUCAUCGAGGAGAGCCAGGAGUUGAUAUGUCUUGACACCCAUGACAUCAUGGAUGAAGAAGCUGCCAAGUCCGUUCGUCAGGCUGAAGAACUUGGAGUACAGCAGUAUCAGUCCUUUGUUGAAGAGCGCCUCGUGAAUGGCAGCAAGCCUCUCAGUGACAGGAUCACGAAGAACAAACUCCAACUGUUCGGACAACCUCCAGCAAGAGGCAAGUCCCAGUCCACGUCCAAGUUACAGUCUCUUAAGAGUGACUGCUCACUAUUUUCGCGACUGUACAUUGCGUGUCAAUCACGAGACGGUGAUCUAAAUGAAUUCUUCAGACACGAAAAUCAGAGGUGCCCACCGUCUCUGUCUCAGGAUGGCAAGUUACGCCAGGGCAAGAAGUCAGAUCUUCUUGACUGCCUCACUAGCAGUGUUGAGUGUAGCAUUGAUGCUCCCGAUUCUGAUGCGAUCAUCCUCGAUGGUGCUGCGCUUGUGAACAUGCUGAAGCCAGUUGUUUGCACAACAUUCAAUGACUAUGCAGACAAAGUCUUCUUGCCUUACAUUGAAAAGCAGCUGGAGCGAGCAGACAGGGUGGAUAUAGUGUGGGACCAGUACCUUGAGAACAGCUUGAAGUCUGAAACCAGAAAGCGCCGCGGAAAGGGGAUCAGACGCCGGGUUCAAGGAACAACAACUUACCUGGCAACUGGCAGCAGUUUCUGA